GUAGUUAGCUUGAGGUAAUAAAGCAUUUCGGUUCCUUAGUAAAAAAAAAAUACUGGCUUUUUUUCGAUAAGGAUUUAUCGCAUUAUGAACUGGCGAAAUGUAUUCAAAGAUAAGAUACAAUCGAAAGAUUAACUUCUCUUCCUUUUCAUCUUUUACUGUACAAUUGUCCCGAUAAUCAAGUUAAAAACAUUUUAUUCAAUUGAAUAAAAAUAUAAAACUAUGGCAUCAUUCACUGGUGAUUGUAAACUAGAUGAAAAAAUUUCACAAUGGGUAAAAUGGAACAAGAAUGAAAUGUUUCAAAAGGAACUUGAUAAAAUUAUAGAAGCCAAAGAUGUGGUAACAUUAAAGAAAUUAUUCCUGAAAAGGCUUGAAUUUGGGACUGCUGGAUUGAGAGGUCGCAUGGGGCCUGGUUAUUCUCAAAUGAAUGACCUUGUUGUAAUUCAGACAGCACAAGGGUUGUUAAAAUAUUUGAUCAAAAACCAAUCUGACUUUACUGAAAAAGGGAUUGUUAUAGGCUACGAUGGCCGAUAUAACAGUAAAAGAUUUGCAAACCUAACCGCAACAGUAUUUUUAAAUUAUGGGGCACCAGUAUAUUUAUUUUCUAAAGUCUGCCCAACUCCAUUUGUACCAUUUUCAAUCACAAAGUUUCAUACUGCUGCUGGUGUAAUGGUGACAGCAUCUCACAAUCCAAAAGAUGACAAUGGUUACAAAGUGUAUUGGAGCAAUGGUGCCCAAAUAAUAACGCCUCAUGAUAAAGGCAUAGCAAGCAGUAUCGAAGAAAACCUGGAGCCUGACAAUGCCUCUUGGGAUACCAGCGUUAUGGAUAACUGUGAUAAACUAAUUGACCCUUUAAAUGAUAUUAUGAAGGAUUAUUAUGACAAAAUGAAAUCUAAUCUAAUAAAUAGCAGUUUGAACAAUGUGGCACCUUUCCGUAUAACUUAUACUGCUAUGCAUGGUGUUGGUUACCCAUACAUUGUUGAAGCAUUUAAACAAGCCAACUUUAAGGACGUGAUACCAGUGAAGGAACAAGUUGAACCAGACCCUGAAUUCUCAACAGUCGAAUUUCCAAAUCCUGAAGAAGGAAAGAGUUCACUUAAGUUGGCUAUGUCAACAGCUGAUGCCAAUGAUAGUAAAUUGAUUCUAGCGAAUGAUCCCGAUGCGGAUCGGCUUGCAGUGGCGGAAAAAUUAAGCGAUGGCACUUGGAAAGUUUUUACUGGAAAUGAAAUCGGUGCAAUGUUGGGCUGGUGGUUAAUGUACACUUAUAAAAUUGGAAGACCUCAUUUUAAUUACAGAAAUGUAUAUACACUUUCAAGUACGGUGUCAAGCAAAAUUGUAAAAACUAUUGCCUUGGCGGAAGGCUUCAGUUUUGAGGAGACACUCACAGGUUUUAAAUGGAUGGGUAACAGGAGUUACGACUUGAUGAAAAAGGGAAAACUGGUUUUAUUUGCUUUUGAAGAGGCAAUUGGAUUUAUGUGUGGGAGUUCAGUUUUAGAUAAAGAUGGCAUCUCAGCAGCAGUUCAUGUCGCUGAAUUGGCCGCUUACUUGUAUACCAAAAAUAGUACACUUAAUGCACAGUUAGAAGAAAUUUAUUCAAGAUAUGGGUACCACAUUUCUGAUGAUUCAUACUUUCACUGUUAUGAACCAGAUGUAUUGAAAUCUAUAUUUGACUCAUUAAGAAAUUACAAAGGAGAAAAAUCCAGGUAUCCUGAAAGUUUAUUAGAUGGAAAAUAUAAAAUAGUUUCUAUCAGAGAUCUCACGACUGGUUAUGAUUCAUCUCAACCAGAUAAAAGGGCUAAACUCCCAGUAUCCUCAAGUACGCAGAUGAUUACAUUCAAUUUUGACAAUGGCCUAGUUUUAACAUUAAGAACUAGUGGAACUGAGCCCAAAUUGAAAUAUUACGCUGAACUUUGUGCUUCCUCGACUAUACAGGAUAAAGAUGCUUUGAAAAGCACACUUAAAGAAAUGGUCAACUGUGUAAUUAAAGAAUUCUUGCAACCAGACAAAAAUAAUUUGAAGUAUAAAACUACUUAAAAUGUCUGACCUUAG